CGCGGAAGAGCUGCUGUCAAAACUUCCGUGAAGACGCUGCCGGGAUUAAACAGGGCUCAGACCGGGGAUCUCUCCGUAACCGCGGUUUAAACCCCUCAGCCGGGCUCAGAGCAGGGGCCGGGCUGUGUAACAGCCGUGUGAGUGAGCAGCACAGGCCGGUAGCGGGGUCAGAGCCGCAAACUCCGCCGCUGUUCGCGGUUGGUCUACAGUAACUAACAGCAGCAGCAGCGAUGGCGUCCAGCUACAGCGCUAAGGAAGAGGACGGGCAACGCGCCGGGGCUCCGGGACCCGCGGGCAACGCAAACAGUGGAAAGAAGCCCGACAACACCGCCUUCAAACAGCAGCGCCUGCCCGCCUGGCAGCCCAUCCUCACCGCGGGCACCGUGCUGCCGGCCUUCUUUAUUAUCGGCCUCAUCUUCAUCCCUAUCGGCAUCGGCCUGUUCGUCACCUCCAACAACAUCAAGGAGUUCGAGAUCGAUUACACCGGGACAGAUUCAUGGAGUCCGUGCUACAAUUGCGCUCAGAACUACAGCUGGAACAGCUCGACGCCGUGCAGGUGCACACUGCCCUUUACUCUUGAGCAGCCAUUUGAGAGCAAUGUUUUUAUGUACUAUGGGCUGUCAAACUUCUACCAAAACCAUCGCCGCUAUGUUAAAUCUAGAGAUGACAGUCAGCUGAAUGGAGACCUCUCAUCACUGAAGUAUCCCAGUAAAGAAUGUGAGCCAUAUCGCCUAAAUGAAAACAAGCCCAUUGCCCCAUGUGGUGCUAUUGCUAACAGCAUGUUUAAUGACACGCUAGAAUUGUACUACAUCGAUCCCAAUGGAACCCAGACCCUAAUUCCAUUAAUGAAGAAGGGAAUUGCGUGGUGGACAGAUAAGCAUGUAAAAUUCAGGAACCCUGGUGGCAGUAAUGCCAACCUUACAGCUGUUUUCCAAGUCAGCACAAAGCCAGUCAACUGGCGCAACCCAGUGUACGAGCUGGACAGUGACCCAGAGAACAACGGCUUCAUUAAUGAAGACUUCAUCGUUUGGAUGCGAACAGCUGCCCUGCCCACUUUCAGGAAACUCUAUCGCAUUAUCCAAAAGAAGAACAACAUGACACCCACACUACCCAGGGGCAACUACACCCUAGAAGUUGUUUACAAUUAUCCUGUGAACAGCUUUGAGGGCCGUAAGCGCAUGAUCCUGAGCACCAUCUCGUGGAUGGGAGGGAAAAACCCCUUCCUGGGCAUUGCUUACAUCACUGUGGGCUCUGUCUGCUUCUUCCUUGGAGUGGUCCUCCUUUUCAUCCACCACAAAUACGGAAAUCGAAACAACAGCUCUGACAUUCCAAAUUAACUACAACUGCAUGCCCUCCACCCGCCCUCAGUCACAUGCAUGGUGAAGGCCACCUGCUUACUGUCAAGGCUUGUCUAUGUGUGUGUCUUUUGUGUAUUUGAAUAGUAUGCAUGUAGUCGCACAGAUACUGGCAGCACUUUGGAGGGUUGAUGUGUAUGCUGUGUUUAAAUGAGAUGGCUUGCAGCAAGGUGUGAAUUUUCUAUUUAUUUUUUGAGAUAAGAAUGUUCUGAGGUAAGUUAAGGUAUACUUUUUAUUACGUUGUUUCUGUGUGUUGAAGAUGAUUCUACGGGCUGUCUCUUAAUGGCUUUAAGUGCUUUAACUGAAGUGUAUAUAUUUAAAUACGAACAAGUGUAGCAUUGCAGACUUUUACUUGAGGAUUGCGUUUGAAAUAACUGGAUGAAUGUAUAUAAGCUUUACUUUCAGUCUGAUUUCAAGCUGAUUUCAGUCUAAUUCUUGCCCGAGUCUUGCUGCCUAAAGAAAGUGAUGUUAGACACCUGACAUUAAAUGUUCAGGCUUGUUUAACUAGAUGUAUGACUACUUGCGACCUUUGCUUACAAAGAUUUUUGCCUCCACCAAUUUAGAGGACAGAUUUACCAUUGAAGUGGUCAGUACAACACACAGUUUCCCAGGUGUAUAAUGAAUAUAAAAAAAUGACUGAUCGAUUCACAGGUUUUAGUGACAUAAUGACUGUUCUCUCUAAACAGUGAUUUCAUGUUUUUCAUGGAUAGGUCAAUAAGAGGAGGAUAAGGACUGUUCCUAUUGAGAAAUCCUCAGGUUGAGCUGAGUUUGUCCUGCCAAGCCGACUUCCACAGGGGUGUGUUGGAGCAUUGCAGACUUCAUCACCUUCAUGUUAGGUCUGCACAUUGUUUGCAUUAUUCAAAUGCAGCUACGUGUACUACAUGUCUUUUUCUUUUUUUAAAUCAGUUUUGGAGAUUUGCUGUGUGUCUUUUAUUUUAUCUGUCACAAGUCAUCCUGUCUAUAAUAUUUUCAGCCGUUAUUUGCACUUUAGACAUGCCUUAGCUUACUUGACUCUUUUGGUUUCUUCAGUGGAGCUGUGUCUUUCAUUCCUGAUGAAAUAAACAAAUACAAUUGAACCCA